AUGUCCAGAGAGCAACGAGAACACAGGAACGCCAAGAGAAAGCAAGAAACAACACGAGAGCCUGCGUGGCACCAAAGAUCUCGACACCCAGGACCAGACGAGACCAAGCAGAUUCACCAGCACUACCUGGGGCGAGACGAGGAAAAGGAACCAGAAUCACCCGAGUGCAGUGCGUGCAGCCAAGGCAAACAGACUCGGGCACGCAUGAGACCAUCCCAGUCAGAUCGAGCCACAGCACCACUGGAGUUAGUGCACAUCGAUCCGAUCACCAACUACCGGGGGCACGCCAACUAUCACUACGCUCUCAUCGCUGUUGAUCACUUCUCAUCGCGGCUCUAUGCUGGACCACUGUGCACAAAGAGCGCAGCAUUCCCCGCACGCAACAAGUGCAUCGUCAAGAUGGAAAGAGCCACUGCCAGGAAACUCAAAACCCUGCGCAGUGACAACGGCCGAGAGUGGAACCGCCAGCAAGCACUUGACUGGCAAACCCAAGGAGGCUUCAAAUGGCAGAAGACUACACCAGCGGUCAGCGCCCAGAACGGUCGAGCAGAGAGCACAAUCAGCCUCACCGCAUCCGUCCCUCACCCCAUCCGUCACCAAGAAAAUACCCCAUCAAGGAUUCUACGGAACCACAGAGCAUGGCCUCGUGUGGCAGCUGCGGACCAGCAGGGCAAGCACGGUGUAAGAGCCACACCAGCAAUCAUGGUUGGAUACGACGACGAACACAAGUCGUGGAAGUUCUGCAGCCCAGACGAGCCAUCAUUAAUCCGAUGGAGCAACUCUGCAACGUUGCAUCAAGACAAGUGCUGGGCUGGCCGGCAUGCCCUGCUUGGAGCACCGGAGGAAGUUCCAGAAGAUGAAAGCCCCGUGUCUGCAACACCAAUUGCAGAGAGAGAUGACGAAGCUAUGGUUGAAGAGCUCCUCUCUUCCGUGCGGUCAAGCGAAAAUCAAGAACUGCUCGAGGCCCAUAGUGAUGCCAACUGGGCAAGCGAUGCAAUAUUGCACCGGAAGAGUACAUCAGGAUCCGUUGCAUUCGUACACGGCAACCCAGCUGCUUGGAAGUCUGCCACGCAGAAGUGCCUGUCACUGUCAGCAGUGGAAGCUGAGUUUGUCGCAGCAACCGAGGCCGCACGGGAGAUCCUGUUCCUCAAACAGCUUCUUCGCUCAAUUGGACUAGCAAGUGGCACACCCACUGUCUUCUCAGACAACAAGGGUUGUAUAGAAGAAAGCAAGGAUCCAGCGCAGCACCGGAAGCUGAAGCAUAUCGACACCAAGUUCCACUUCAUACGAGACAAUGUGCAAGAAGGACAGGUGCAAGUCAAGUACAUCGACACCAAGCACAACCUUGCUGACAUGCUGACCAAGCCGGUGGGCAAGCAUGUCGUUCAAGUAGCAAGGGGAGGAUCGCACCUGGAAGCAGCAGCAGAGACAAUCCAGGAAAGGGCACUCACCUAUGCGCAAGCGUUGAGGGGAGGCAUGUAA